AUAGUCAAUGCUCUGACAGCGAACAUGUUGCUUUAAUAUAAUUGUAUAAUUUACUAUUUAAGUUGUUUUUUUUUGACAAAUGUGCAAAGCUCAUUACAUGACUAAAACAAAAUUUUUCUAUUAACAAAGUGCAAAGCUAAGAGUUCAUUGAACUAGUUUUAUGACCUUAAAAAGUGUUUUAACCAAACAAGUUUCCUGAAAAUUCAAGAAAAUUGUUGCGACUGUGAAUAUACAAAAAAAAAGUACCAUCGAUUUGCCGAAGACCGGGCGGGCUGAUGCAAAGUGGAAGCAAUGAUUCGUGCUAGCGUCGAUAAAUUUAGUGAAUCUGUUAGUAGUGCUGAUAAAGCUGCAAGUAGUGAAACGGAGGAUCCUGAAGCUCAAGCAUAUCUAGAUCAUUUGCUGCAAGAUGGUGCGCUCGAAGGAGAUAGUGGCGCGCCAAUGGAAAUGCCAUCGUGGUAUGAUGAGGCUCUAUUCAGAAAGGGUCAAUUGUUCAUGAAUAAGUACCGUUUCCUCAUCACCGCUGGCAUGCUUUACGGUCUGGUGUCCGUUCUUGCGAUUCCGUCUAUACUGCGUGUGCUCAUGUGCACCCGUCAAUCGUCCACUUGUGUAACCGCCUUUCGCCGCUAUAUACGUACUAUUUUGCACACGAACGCAUGGUACGAUCAUCCAGUGUCAGCGAAUUCAAAAUUUUGGACCAGUUUACGCGCUGUACGCAAAGCACACUCGAAAUCAAGUCGUGCAUGCAGUAAACUGGGCGCUGGACAAAUCACCCAAAAGGAUCUGGCAUUGACACAGUUCGGUUUUAUCGGUUAUGCCACUUUAGGCGCACACCGCGUACAACUAUACGACGAGGAGUAUUUGGAAAGUACAACGCAUAUGUGGCGCGUACUCGGUUAUCUGCUUGGCAUCAAGGAUGAAUAUAACAUUUGUGGUCGCAAUUGGGCUGAGACCAAGCUCCGUCUCGAUAUUGUGAUGCGACGUGUAUAUAAGCCGGCUUUGGAGAAUACAAACGAGGACUUUGAGAAAAUGACAAAAGCUUUGGUUGAAGGAUUGUGGCCAUUAAAUACAACAUUGACCACGGGAUCAGUAUUAUUUUUCACCAAGCGACUGACUUAUAUAAAAGGAUAUGAAUACUAUAGCUUUGACCAUCUUCCUAAUGAGAUCAUAGAUCCGAAACAGAAGCUUUAUUACUACGAUUUGGGCUGGUAUGAUCGUUUCCUCGUCACAUAUGGCCUCUUUAUAGUGACUUACUUACACAAAUAUAGCAUUGUUCGUUGGUAUCUGAACAUUCGUGUCUGGUUGAACGAACUCAUAUUUUAUUAUUUGCCGUACAUUGCGAUCUGGAAACAUGGUUUCAAAAACUCUUACGUUCGUAUCUUUACAAAGGAUGGCGGAGACAAGGAGUUCGAGUUUCAUCUGAAAGCGGAUUAAAUUUAAUACUAAAUGAAAAUUGGAGUGUGUAAUAAACAUUUAAUUUUCAUAUUCAUUUCAUUACCUUAGUACUUUACCAUAAAUAAGACAUUUUUGAAACUUUUCUACCAAAACAUCA